UGAGUGAGCAAAGAAAAAAACGUAAAUUAGAGUUGGAAAACCUUUUUUGUGAAAAAUAUAAGAUUAGAAGUGAAAUGUCAACAUCUUCCUUUUACAAAAAGAAUAAUGAGAUAUACUAUGAGCAUCAUGAUCAUUCAUACGCAAAAAAUAUAAUAAUUGACCUUGUUGAUGAUGAUUGUCUAGCUGAAAUAUUCACAUAUGUGCCAGCAUGUGAAAGACCUAAAAUUGCAUUGGUGUGUCAAAAAUGGAAAAGAGCCCUUGAUUAUUCCUGGGCUAAUGUCAAAAAACUUGAACUAACUCAUUGGGAACGACCUGAGUAUCCAAGUUUUUUGAAGAAAUAUCCAACACCCGAUGAAAAAUUAAGCUUUUUAAAAUCAUUGCUUUAUAAAUGUGGUCGUUAUUUAACACAAUUAGACUUAUCAGCGUAUGGUUAUAGUGACAUAGUGCCAGUUAUUAAUGAAUAUUGUCCAAACCUCGUGAAACUUCGAUUGAGACUCAUCUAUGAUGAGGAUGAUAUAAUAAAUCGUGAAGGAUUUUCACGUCUAUCUAAGCUCAAAGUAUUAACAGUUAUAUUUCAAUAUAUGAGAUACGAGACUAUGCUUGAUUGUAUAAUCAAUGCAUUGUUACCUCUUGCUAAUACAUUGACUGAUCUGACUCUGUUCAAUUGGAAAGGUGACUCACCUUGUGAACAUACUGGACCCUGUGUUUUUUCAGGGGCAACCAUCUAUGUGCUUAGUAGAAUGAAGGCUCUGAAAAGAUUUGAAUUUGGUGGUAUUCAAACGUUCCCAGAUUUAGAAGAGUAUCUGAAAAAUAAUUGCACACUAGAAUGUUCAUACUAUGAUCGAUCCUUAAACGAAAAUUUCAUUAAGGCAAAUCAGUUAAGUAUAACUACAUUGAAUUUGAAGGAAUACAAAGUUUCAGAUGAUAGUUUGUAUACUAUUGCCAAUACCAUGAAACAAUUAACAACGCUCACGAUAAAUUGUCAAUGGAUAACUAACGAUGGUGUAGUAACCAUUUCAAAGAUGAAUAAUUUAAAGUGUCUUUGUUUUUCCGGCGUUAAUCACAGUAUUAAUUCUGCAUCCAUCGAAUUGCUCAAAAAUUUAAUUAGAUUAAUGUUACCACGUAGCAAUAUAAUUAAUGAUGAUUUAGCCACGAAAGUUCUCGAAAAUUCACCAAAGAUGGAGGCGUUUUUUGUUUCAAACACAAGUGUAACUGUUGAAUUUAUCAAAAGAGCGGCGGAAAUAUCAAGAAAUCGAAAACACCUCUUGCUUUCAGCUGUUUCUUUCAAAAUUGAUAAAAAUAAAUAUGAAUCGCCAUACUUCAAAAUUAUUUGUUCAGCAAAAAAAAUUAGAUAAUUGACAAAUUUUAGUGACAACUGACUAUUAAUAUUGCGACGAAAAAGAAAAAUCUUUUAACUGUUUUCAAUUAAAAUAUAAUAAAGUUUUUAAAUGUAAUAGAGUCAAAUAUAAAAUUGCAGUGUAAAUUACGUUUUUUUGUUACCAAAAUUUAUUCAUUUAUUUUUAUUUUUAUAUCACAUAUAUUUCAAGAUCACAUACGCACUUAAUGUCCCUACCCGACUUCCGUACUAACUAUAUGAAUUAUUUUUAUAAAUUAUAUUUCGAAAUUUUUUUUUAUGGAUGGAAAAAUUUUUUGUUGUUCAGCU